AAAGUGUCCGGACUGGAAGGGGGGAAAGUGUCCGGACUGGAAUGGGGGAAAGUGUCCGGACUGGAAGGGGGGAAAGUGUCCGGACUGGAAGGGGGGAAAGUGUCCGGACUGGAAGGGGGGGAAGUGUCCGGACUGGAAGGGGGGAAAGUGUCCGGACUGGAAGGGGGGGAAAGUGUCCGGACUGGAAGGAGGGGAAAGUGUCCGGACUGGAAGGGGGGAAAGUGUCCGGACUGGAAGGGGGGAAAGUGUCCGGACUGGAAGGGGGUGAAAGUGUCCGGACUGGAAGGGGGGAAAGUGUCCGGACUGGAAGGGGGGAAAGUGUCCGGACUGGAAGGGGGGGAAAGUGUCCGGACUGGAAGGGGGGAAAGUGCCCAGACUGGAAGGGGGGAAAGUGUCCGGACUGGAAGGGGGGAAAGUGUCCGGACUGGAAGGGGGGGAAAAUGUCCGGACUGGAAGGGGGAAAAUGUCCGGACUGGAAGGGGGUGAAAGUGUCCGGACUGGAAGGGGGGGGGGAAGUGUCCGGACAUGAAGUGAGGGAACCGUGUCCAACUCGGCCACUUGAGUCAUGGUGUCCUCUAGAA